AUCAUAUACCAACUCGGCUGAACAACGUGUAAUUUGCCAUCACAAACAUGGGACAAGUUUUUUCAGAUUUAUUUUACCCUGACAAUCCGAAACGCAGGGCAAAAGUGGUACGAAUGAUGCAAAAUAUGUAUGAUUACAUGCAAUCUAACUUUCGAGCAACAAACAAGCUUACAGAUUUCCUAAAUGAAAACAUUGAUGGCACUAACUUUAGCCAUAUUGCUGUUGAUGAAAAUAAAUCUUUGAAAGACAACAGUAAUCUACUUAUUGGAAGAAUCGAGGAAGCACAAGCUAUUAUCGAGAAGAUUGACAAGGAGCUGGCAGAGAAACUUGACCCAGGGCUUUACAGAAACCUGAAAGACGUUGAUCUAUCGUUUCAAGAUCGCAUGGAAACUGCUCAAAAAGCGACACAUGUUGUCACAGGUGUCGUAAUCACAGUUGCGGCCAUUGCUGUAUGUGUUGCAAUAGCAAGUGGAGGCAUUCUUGCACCUGUUGUGGCAGUGUUAGGUGCUUUAGCAACAUCGGCUAUUGCAACUACGGUCAUAUCAAUCAUUGGUGGCCUUGGUAUUGGUAUGAUUGUCGGUGCGAUUACUGGCGCUAUUGAGAGAGAUCAGCUGGAAGAUGCCAUCAGUCAACUAGAAACUCAACUAAACACGUUUGGACCAGCAUCACUUGCAUACACAGAAAGCAUUUAUGAAGUUCUUGCUGAACUUAGAAUCUACGAACUACAGUGAACAAAUUAAAGAACUUUGUAAUCAAUGUUAUUUAAUUAGUAAUAAUCAGGUUUUCCUGCAUGAAUUUAAGCGAGUUAACGAUGCUAAGGAGGAAACAAUUACUGAAUGUCAAUAAUUAACAAUAAUGUAAUAAAUUUUAUUUCAUACAAUCAACACAGUGCGAAAAGUGAUUAUACUCUCCAUUCCCGACAUAUUAUUUAAUAACUGGGUUGAUUUUGUUUAUAAACUCACUGCAGUUAAUCUUCCCAAAGGCAAAGCACUAAAAAUCUAAAAAGAGCCGUCGGCGAUCAAACGAGGAAAUACGGUACUUUCCAAAACAAAUCAUUCGCACAUUUGACGUAGUUGGUUAGUUCGAUCUCAUCCAUUUUCACAAAGUAACCAAAAGUGAACACCGCUUCGAA